AUGUCUGGUAUUUUACUGUAUGAAAUGAAUCACAAUCAAUAUCCAAGAUGUUUUGAUCUUAAAGCAUCGAGGAUAAUGGUUAUGGGAGAUAGUCUAUCUGGGAAAACUUCUCUAAUUUUAAGAUACGUUAAUGGCUCAUAUUCUGAAAUUCAACAAGGUGCCUAUUUUGAAGAUAUCUAUAGUAAACAUAUCAAUUUCCAAGCUCUAUUGAAUUACUUACCGCAAUGUCGGCCAACUUCUGCUAGUCAAGAACUACGACAAUACCUAUCCACUUGUCAUAAUGACCAUAAUAUAUAUACAAAGAGAAGUCCAACUAUUGACGUUCAAAUUCUUGAUGCGGCACCAUUUGAAAUUGCUGAUUUUUCAGAUUUAAGAAAUGAACAAAUUUUGCAGUCUGAUGCUUUCAUCUUAUGUUACGAUCCAACGAAUAGAGAAUCUUUCUUAAAUCUAAGAACAUAUCAAAGAAGAAUAGAAAGGGUAAGAGGUUUAGAUUGUGGUAUUCCAAUAAUAAUAGUAUCAACAAAAUCUGAUCUACUUUCAGAAACUAAAAUCUCUAAUGAUGAAGUAUUUGAAUUACUAAGUAGAUAUGAAUUAUCAUCUGAAGAUGAUUUUUUUGAAAUCUCUUCAAAGGAUAAUUUCAAUAUUAGAGAAUUAUUCUUUGAUCUAUUAAUUAGAAUAGAAAAGGAUAAAUUCAAUCAAAGAGAGAAAAUAACGCUUGAACAAGAUGGACUCGAUAAUUCUAAUGAGAAGGAAAGUGAGAAUCCUCGGAAUCCAGCUGCUUCGCGUGCUUCAAGUACAACUGCUAGUUCAAAAGUUACUAUGGAAGACCGUUCUUCUGAAAACGCUGAAAAAUUAUCAAGCAGAGAAAAGACAAGCACAUAUAACCCAAAAAGGACAAUAACUAAUUCAUCAACACGAAAGAAUAUGAAAACAGGUACCAAUUCCCGUAACUUAAAGAGAGAUAAACCUCAAUACUUAGAAAAUAAAUCUACUCCUAAACAAAGUAAUGCUAACUGCUGCACAAUCUUUUGA